GUCCAAGACCCAAGACCCCCUUGCGCCUCUCGCAUCCUGCUCAAUCGGCCAAGUGCCGUCCGUACAGCCAUCUAUCUAUACGCAGCUUCCGGCUUUGACUCAAACUGUCAGCCUGUUGCUUGCUUGGCCAUCCUCUGACCAGCUACCGUACCAUUCACUCCCCUUUGACUGGAUCGACGACCUGCUUGUCAUCCGCGUCUUUUAAUCUAUACUGCUGCGGCAUUCCGCAGCCCGUGCUCAUUUAUACAUUUCUUCCUAACAGCACAACUGCAAGGAAAUCAUCAUGGUUCUUCUGUUAUAGCAAGACGGUCCCUAGGGACACCAUACUGCGCUCUUUCUGGCCAAGAACCGGAGCCUACAUUCUGCGCAUCGGCAUUUCAACCUCUUUACAUUAUCUUACAAUUAUCUCAGCCUCUCCUAGGCUCUUAUCAUAUUCUAGUUCUUUAAAGGAGUUAAUAUUGAGGUUAAUAUCUGGCCGAGAAAGUUGGCCGUCUCAACUUCUAUAUUCUCUGAAACUAUCUUGUAUUUCGACGACUGCUAUAACAUGGCGAACGGUCGGGCCAAUAACCUGGGCACGUCGAGUAUACUCGCUUGGUCUUCCCAAGCAGCUCAUUUGCAACAUGGCCCAGACGACGAGGUGGCUGCCGAAGUAGAUGAACCCCCGGAUUCAGGAUCUGACCCGAAUUCCCCUCGAAAUCAAUUCAAGAGAACUGUAGUUCCACGAAUCGCGGACCACUCCGAAUCCCUCCUGACGAAAGCACUUCAUCAGCCCAGCGAAGACAAUAUCAAAAGCUAUCACCCUGUCGCCCCUGUAAGACGGCGUUCUCUGAAUAGUAAUAUCAGCUUGGCUUCUACCGCCGACCUUACAAGCGACACUGGAUUUACAAGCCCUACUCGCACGACUACUCCCAGCCCCCCACCGCCAGUGAUUUCUUUGGCUGGACUUGAGAGAGACUUGUUGAAUGGAAAGCAAGGGGCUAUUCGCCCUGGUAAUUUCAGAAGACAAGCUGCACCUGAAUCGCGUCCGACUGCGACGCAAUCUCGCGGGGAAAUUAAAGACACUCCUAUAGACGCUCUUCAGAAGAAGCGAUGCAUUUCUUUUGCUUGCGGCCCUAAGCCUGAAGCAAAGCAAGCUCCAAGUCAACCCCAAGCUGUGAAAACGUCCACGACCGAAGAGAAAGCGCCGAGGAAAACUUGUAUUAAGUUUGCUUGCCCCGCACAACCCGCUACUGGGACCGAAACUUCCAAGCGUGAACAGCAAAACACCGAGCCGUUAUCCGUUGUGACUUCGGCAAAGAAUAGCAGUGGCUCUUCCUCAUCAAUCCGUAAAUAUCGAUCUCCGUCAGCCACCCGUGGCCGACAUCAGCGGUCUCUAACGCCACAAGCCAUCGGCAAAAGUUUAGCGACAAAUCGGUCCUCAAAAUAUCUGACUGCGAACGCCAAUGAUCUGAAUACGGAGUCAUCCCGAUUUCACGAGUUCGCAAGUGAUGAACCUCUGCAAGAGGAUUGGCUCCUACAGAAUCUUCCGUCUACCUGUGCUCGCUUAACCAUCGAUGACACGCUACGGAAAGAGAACGAAAUUCGACGGUUAGGGAAGGAGGCUGAAGAGGAGGCUCUUGAAGAGGAAGAAGAGGAAGAGAAUGAAGAUGGAGAAGGGGAAGACGAUGAAGUGGAAGAGGAAGCGGAUCUGGAAAACGAAGAGGACAUUGAUAUGGACGACUUAGAUGAGGAUGAAGAAGCUGGCGAAGAUGAAGACGAAGGCUUUGACUCACAAUCAGAAUAUGGCUCUGACGAUAUCGCUUCUGAUGGGUACAAUACCGACAACGAGGUUGGGUUUGCGGAGUCUGAGGAUGAGGACGAUGGUGAACUGCAACUCUGGACACCAAGUACUGGCCUAGCCGUCCGACUGUCGAAUGACUCGCUCAUUUGUCGUCGUCCCUCUUUGGCUGGCGAGAAAUCCGAUUCUUCCUCUUCGGAAGGGGCCAAUAUUGCUAAGCGGAUUCGAGAAAGAGGUCGUCGGAUCAAGUUUCGACCUGGUACUCCAGAGCUACCCGAUAGCACCGACUUCGUAUGUGGUACUCUCGAUGAAGACCGUGUCCUGGAGAAUGCCUAUAUCUCUUGUUUGGCUGUAAAACGUCGAGAAAAGCUCCACCCAAUUCCACAGGAUAUUGACCCCAGUUUUCCCACGUCAGAACCUGAAGAUGAAGACAUCAAAUCUCAUAGGCGUGGUCACGACAGCGACGAACAGCUCUGGAUUCAUGGAGAAUUGGAAGACAUCCAUCACACACGAGACCAAGAUGGUGAGCGUCGCAAGAAAAAGCCAGGGCAUGUAUCCCCCAAACGGUAUCGUUCACCACCGCCUAAAGCUCGAGGUCGUUCUCCACGACGGCUCUUUGACAGACACUCUCCCCGUAGACUCGUGUCGCCGCCCCCGCCUGGUCGCGUCAAUAUGAUGCGGUCCCCUCCAGCGUCCUUGGUUCACGGUGGGCAGUGCAAUAACGCACAAUUUAAGACGCUAGCAUUCCGGCCUGGGUUGACUCAUACUAAGUCUCUACCCAGAGCUCCGGCUCUCUUCCCGCCUCAUAUUAAGAAUCAACGCCGGAUGAGCAAGGCGUUAGAAUCCGGUGUCCAUGUUCGGGGUGCUAUUGAUAUCGUGAAAGGUUUGGAGCAGAAACGGCAACGCCGGAAAGAGAAGUUCAAGGAGAAGUAUCUUCAGAAGCACACCAACAAGGCGCGAAAAGGCCAACUACCUCAGCAACGGCCCCAACCAGGCAAAGGCGCUGAGCGGAUGAGAGAAAUCGGCCUUCUUUCAGCCGGAAAACUGGACCCGGACCAAUAUGUGUUGUCUAUCUGAAGGGUCGGUUGGUUUAGUGACACAUCGUUCUUUCGUAUAUU